CUUGCACAUCCUCAGUCUUCCCUUGCAGGUUGCUUCCCUCCUCUCUGUCCAAGGGAUUUUACUGGCUGCAGGUGAAGGGCAGAGGAUCCCUCUGAGAGUGUUUUUUCCAGCUGGAAUUCCACCAGCCCAAAAUUCCAGCUGCCAAGGAGAGGAAUCAGGAAAGCCAGUAACCAGUGAACGUGAAAAAAGUCGACAUGGUUUGGAGCAGCAGCGCUGGGUCGGAACGACACAAAAGGGUUUCUCAGCAGCAAAUGUUGCUCUGGGGACUGGGAUAUAAUAAACUCCUGCCUACUCCUCCCCUCUUCCCUGAUGCCAUCCAGCAUGCCAGCAGCACACAGAGGCUUCUGCGAAAUCUCACUCCCUGCCCUGCGAUUUUCCAGCAGAGCCAGAGGAAUGGGGAUCCUUGUGCUUGUUUUCAUACUCAUCUCCCUGACCCAGCAUGGAGAUGCUCAGGGACCAGACAGCUGUAACCACGGAGGGGGCUUGUGCCGAGUGGGAACCUGUGUUUCUGGUGAAUACCCGGCUCAGUACUGCUUUGAACCCGUCAUUCUCUGCUGCAAAAAUCUGCCACCUGCCACCACAGGGAGCUGAAGGUUUCCAAAGCAGCCAGCUGCAGCACAUGGAGAGCAGCAGCCUCCACUGGCACAGCAUGAGCAGCUGUUGGGAAGGAGAUUUUGUGGUUUCUGUGACUGUUGUUCCCCUGGGAGAAUAUGGCUGUGGAUUUGCUCAUGAACUCCUGAACACUUUGGUUUUACUGUAAUUUUUUAGGGAACACUGUGACAAGAAGAAACUGAGGCCACCCAAACUAUUUGUCGCCUUUUUGAGACUCUGAUUGUUAUCUGACAUGCACAGGUGAAAAGUUGCUUUUCCCCUUACCUGAAAUGAAUAAACCUGAGGUUUAACAAAGCAGCAAGUGCCCACCUGUGAGUCAGCAGCGCUGCCAGUGGUGGGAUGCCACUGACCAGGAGUGACCACAGCAUUCCCCACCUCCCCAGAACAUCAGGGGGACUCUGCCUCUUUAUUUCACUUCACAGAGAGAACAGCUGCAAUGGGGAAAGUCUUUUUGGCAUCACUUUUGGUGCAAAAUGCACCUGGUUUGACAUAAAGGUGAGUGUGGUCUGUGCUUCUCAGGCAAGAUCCACCCCCAUCCACUUCUCCUUUCCAGGCUGUGCCAGGUGCUCAAGGCAGUCACAGAUUCCCAGAAAGGUUUGGGUUGGAAGGGAUAUUAAAGAUCAUCUCA